GGCAGCAAGGGCGGUUACGUUUGUGCAAUGCCGAAUAAAACGAAGAAAGACAAGGAGACCCCUAAAUCUGGAAAAGUGGGUAAAAGUGGACAAGAGAAUUCUGAACAUGAGAGCUCAAACAGGAAGACCAGCAACAAUGUCCCUCCCACCACUCAGCUGCUAAAGGGAAAGCAGUCCAGUUCCCAGACAUCUGUCAAAAAGGACAAGAGGCAGAGCUCCUCUCGCUUUAGUUUGAGCAAUAACAGGGAGCUGCAGAAGCUGUCAGCCUUCAAAGAUGUCCCUCCCGCGGAGCAAGAGAAACUAUUCAUCCACAAACUACGGCAGUGCUGCGUCCUCUUUGAUUUUGUUUCUGACCCACUCAGUGACCUGAAAUGGAAGGAGGUGAAACGGGCAGCGCUGAGCGAGAUGGUGGAGUACAUCACCCACAACAGGAACGUCAUCACAGAGCCCAUCUACCCAGAGGUGGUGCACAUGUUUGCUGUCAACAUGUUCAGGACGUUGCCUCCAUCAUCAAACCCUACAGGAGCUGAGUUUGACCCAGAGGAGGAUGAGCCCACUCUAGAGGCUGCAUGGCCACAUCUACAGCUCGUCUAUGAGUUCUUCCUUCGGUUCUUAGAAUCUCCAGACUUUCAACCAAAUAUAGCCAAGAAGUACAUUGACCAGAGAUUUGUAAUGCAGCUUUUAGAUCUAUUUGACAGUGAAGACCCAAGAGAAAGGGAUUUUCUUAAGACUACCCUGCAUCGCAUCUACGGAAAGUUCCUGGGCCUGCGAGCAUACAUCAGGAAACAGAUAAAUAACAUAUUUUAUAGGUUCAUCUAUGAGACCGAACAUCAUAAUGGAAUAGCAGAAUUAUUGGAAAUUUUAGGCAGCAUAAUCAAUGGAUUUGCAUUACCAUUGAAAGAGGAGCACAAGAUAUUCCUAUUGAAAGUUCUGCUGCCUUUACAUAAAGUCAAGUCUCUUAGUGUCUAUCACCCACAGCUGGCUUACUGUGUGGUUCAGUUCCUAGAGAAGGACAGCACCCUUACAGAAGCGACUGUAAUGGCUCUGUUGAAGUACUGGCCAAAGACCCACAGUCCUAAGGAGGUGAUGUUUCUUAACGAACUGGAGGAGAUCCUGGACGUCAUUGAGCCCUCUGAGUUUGUCAAGGUUAUGGAACCUCUCUUCAGACAGCUGGCAAAGUGUGUGUCCAGCCCACACUUUCAGGUGGCGGAACGAGCUUUGUACUACUGGAAUAAUGAGUAUAUCAUGAGUCUGAUCAGCGACAAUGCUGCCAGGAUUUUGCCCAUCAUGUUUCCAGCUCUUUACCGCAACUCCAAGACCCACUGGAACAAGACAAUUCAUGGAUUGAUCUACAAUGCUCUGAAACUGUUCAUGGAAAUGAAUCAGAAGCUGUUUGAUGACUGCACCCAGCAGUUCAGGGCAGAGAAAAGCAAGGAGAAAGCCAAGUGGAAAGAGAGAGAAGAAGCAUGGCUGAAGAUUGAGAAUCUGGCCAAGUCAAACCCACAGUUCCUGUUGUAUGUGGAUUCGACAGGCUUGGGCAGUCCAAUGGACAUGGAGACAGAUGGCCCACUGCUAGAUGACAUGCACAUGCUAAAGAAAACCGUAGAGGAGGAGGCCACAGUGAUCCAGAGGGAUCAGCGUAGGGAGCGUCCGUUGAUGAGGAGGAAAUCCGAGCUCCCGCAGGACAUCUCGACCGUCAAAGCUCUGGAGACGCACAGGAGAGCUGAGGACAUGUUGACCACGCACGACGGCCACUAACCGACCACCACUGACCACCAUAAACCAGCAGCAGCAUCCCAAGAGGCCCAGGCCAGCACAACAGGACUAGGGCUUCUCAGCCUAGCCCAGUCCAGCACAAGACACAGAACUGAACCAAACUGAACUCAACUGAAGAGUCCCAGCUCGCCCUGACACUGAAAAUGUCCCAAGCCAGAGAUCUGUACCUGGUUUGGCAGUAACUCGGUUGGGACAAGUGGUGCUCUGACCCGACUGAUCCCCCCUCCUGGUUUUAGUCCAGCAGAAAUGUCGGUGGUGCUGGACCGUCCUGCAUGACCAGAAUACGCACCAUCCCCCUAAACUCUGCCCGGGAAAGAAGUUUUUUAUCUGUCUCCCCUCCCACCCUCCCGCUUUUCCUUUUUUGUCAACUUGUUUAUGUUUUAAGGGGUGCUGCCCCCUUCUGGUCAUUUCUCUCAGGUGUUCCGUUCUAAUGUAUGUGAGCUCUUUUUUUCUUGCUUCCUCGUAAUAGAUUUCAGGUGCUCGUAUGAAUAAUGAGCCCCUAACCGUAACCUCUGCAAAAGAUGUCUUUUGUUUGAUUUAAAAAAAAAAUCGUUCCUAUCAUUUAAUGUUGGGCACCGUUUUUACAAACUUAUUUAGCAUAGCUGACAAUGCUAUUCAGAGUUUUUGAUUGCAAGGAGAUCAGAACAUAUUUCCCAUCUAUAGAGCCGUUACUGCUAAAAAGAAAGUUUUUUUUUUGUCAGCUGCAUGAUUCAUGGAUUUUUCCGUUCGUCACAGUAAUUUCAUCUGGGCCUCACCAGUAAACUGUGUGGGAUAAAGGCAUUAUAACACAGUUCUGUUUAUUCAAAAGUGCUGGCCUGACAGGUCUAAGCUCCAGGUUCUUCCAUCCAAUGGACUUCUGUUUAGUUGUAGAGGCUUUGUCUGGUGCCAACUUCACUCGGUCUCAUAACGUAAUGUUUCUUGUCUAAAUUGGUCUUUAUCAUUAAGUAGGCAAUAAGUUAACACAGGUUGUGGCGUGGUGUAUGUGUAUGCACUUAUAUGUUGUUGGUGGUUCAAACAAUGGUUAAUCACAAGUAGUAGUUGGGAUCCAUUUGGUCGAUAACCUGGGCUUAGCUCUCUAUACCACUUACAACAGAGGGGAUUUGUCAAUCGACAUGUGUUUCUAAAUCCCUGUGGGUCUAUUUUAGGUUGCCCAUUCACACCCACUCAUUUUAGCUAUAUAUUUUUAGCAUGGUUAUUAGUGUACACUAGAUGUCACCGUCAUUCUUGCAAGGCAUAGGAGAGGGCGGAGAGAUGCGGUUGCUUGUUCGGUGUUUACAAACCCCCACUGUAACAGGUGGGUCGAGAGAGGAAUCAAAGGGGGCAGAUUUCCCAGGGAAUCACGCCGACAGCUUGCAUUUUCUACUCAAGCAGGACCCCCUUAGAUACCUUGUUAGAGAUUGGAUCACUUUGCUUGAUAAGGUUUGUUUGGUCUGGAGCAGUUUGAACAUGAGCCUUUCUUUUUCACAGUGCCUUUUAUAGUC